AUGGAGCAUAAUCUAGAACAACUGUACAUGGACAAAAUAAAGGAGGCAGAUGAGUUGAUGGAUUUAUUACGGGAUCUUAGUAAUAUAAAGGGAGUGUCGAAGCUGAAGAAACUUAUCCUUGCAGAAAGAACAUUUCUCCACAAAGUAGCUGCCUCGAAAACAAUACAAGCCAAACAUCUGACAACGACAAACUUAAUUCAUUUCAAAGCUUUAAUUUCUACAGUUUUUGAAUUGGAGAAGUGUGUUGCAGUCUUAGAGCCUUUUACAUUUAAAAUUCAAGGAAACCUUAAACGUAUAGUUGUUGAUAUAGUGAAAGAUGAGGGAAAAGAGUGGGUGAAGGUCACUGCUAGAAAUCCCAAAGGUUUGAUGAUGUCUUGUUUAGGUGACACUAAUUAUGGUAGUCGCACAAUUUUUGAUCAGGCAAAAGAUUUUAUUAAGUGUGCCUCACAAAAUCCAAUUUUUUAUGUUCCUCCUAAAGUCAUUUUUAAAUUUUCUUCAGGGGUUGACUCUGCUCUAGCUACAAAAAUUUCCAACGUGGGUAUUGAAGUUAUUGGUGAUUUGCUUCCUACCACUUAUAAUACUGUUUGUGAUAGUUCAGAUGAAGAAUCUGAGGAAGAAGAAAACUGUGAUUUGGCUGAAUCAACUUCUCAUGUACUAAAAGAUGAUGAUGCCUUAAGAAAACCAAUUUUGAAACUUAAUUUGGAUAUUACUACUUUGAUAGCUUAUGUAUCUGACAUGACUAAUGGAGGUACAUGUGUGAAAUUUAUCCAAGAACCUCUUACUCUUCAAGCUCAAUCUGAAAGGAAGACAAAAGUUAAAGAUAUGUUGAACAAACUUUUUGAAGGCAAAGAGCUUUACUGUUGUGAAACUGCCAUGACAAGAUUCAAGGAAAUCCUUGCAGUUGUUGGAGGUGAAAAUGAAAAAAAGAGAGCAGAACAAUUUCUGCAAAGAAUAACUGUUGUUCCAGAUUGUGUAUCUGAGAGAGUGAAAAACUUAAAGAACAGUGGACAAAUUAAAGACAAACCAAAAAUUGUGUUUGGAACUGGUGACAGCAUGCAAGCUGUCACUGUAUCUGCCAAUUGGGGAUUUUUCUAUUCUGCUCAACAUCAAGGUGUUCAGCUAACUACACAUUUACAUGAGCCUCGGGCCCUAUCAGAACAAGCAAGUAUUCGUAGUCAGCAUUGUCAAGAAGGCAGCUAG